UCAAUUAUAAAUCAUGUAUACAUCUCCUUUUUGCGUCUAUUUUAUCUAUAUUCUAUAUAAGCAUUUCAUUUUAAAAUUUUUCGUAAAACUUCUCAGAUCACAGUUUUUGACGCCUGUCCUGAACCUUAAUGCCCCAAAAUGGCCAUGCGCAGAUUCGGUUAUCGCAAGGGAUUUCCAAAACCCCGGACAGAUACUGAUUGGAAUAGAAUAUGGAAGCAACACAAAAUCAAACUACCCAACAUAAAGUCAUUGAAGCUCUUUCUCUCUGAUAAAGGUCCCGGACAUACUGGCAUGCGCCAUUUUAAAUCUUACAUGCUUCCACCCAUUCAACACUGGAAUCCAUUUAUUAAAGUAGAAAUAGAGAGAGAGACAACAAAAUAUAUUCCCCCAGUCUUGCUUGUCGAACACAAGAAUGGAGAAUCAAACUCUUUCGACGCCAAUAAAAUUCACUCAAAAGAUAUUUUAGAAUUCGUAAAAAAUUUUGACAAAUCCCAAUUAACUGUUCCUACACAAGAGAAGCCAACAACCGAAACUCAAAAAAAAAAUCAACAAUCAGAAAAUUUUAAAUAG